AUGGCUCUAGAGACUAUCGCAUUUAUCUUGGGCGCCUUGACUGCAAGCGGCGGUACGAUAGGCUACGUCAAGACGGGAUCUGUCCCCUCUGUCAUAGCUGGCUUAACAGUCGGUAUAUUGUAUGCCUUGGGAGGUUAUCGUUUGCAAUCGCGUCAGUCUUUCGGUAUCGAACUCGCUCUCCUCGCCUCCGUUGUCCUUGGUGGGGCCUCUAUUCCCCGAGCCCUCCGUAGCGGAAAGCCGGUCCCGACUGUUCUAAGCUUCAUUUCCGCCUUCGGUCUAUUGACCUUUGGUAAUGCCUUCAGAAAGACUUUGUGA